GAAUCAAAACAAAUAAAAUAAAGAAGAAGAAAUCAGCUGCUAAGUCAAACUUUUUAACCACAGAAGAAAUAAAUAUUUCAGGCUCCACAAAAAUAAUAAUUAAUUUAUUGCUCAAAAAGAUCAAAUAAUAUUCAAUUAUGGAUCCAGCUCUUUUGAGAGAACGCGAAGCGUUCAAAAAAAGGGCUAUGGCGACUCCCACUGUGGAGAAGAAGCCAAAAACCGAGGCACCACCACCCAGCCAGCCCAAAGAUGACGCCAAGAAAAAAAUGCGUCCACCCAGUGCGCCUAAACUGGACUCCAGCACAUACAAAACAAUGUCAGGAAGCUCACAAUAUCGAUUUGGUGUAUUAGCAAAGAUUGUAAAGCAUAUGCGUACUCGACACCAGGAUGGCGAUGACCAUCCUUUGAACAUUGAUGAAAUAUUGGACGAAACAAAUCAAUUAGAUAUUGGGCAAUCUGUUAAAAAUUGGUUAGCCUCUGAAGCGCUCACCAAUAAUCCCAAAAUUGAAGCAACGCCGGAUGGACUACGUUUUAGUUUCAAACCCGUAUAUAAAAUUAAAGAUGGCAAAAGUCUGCUAAGGCUGCUUAAACAACAUGACUUGAAAGGUUUGGGUGGCAUUCUACUUGAUGAUGUGCAAGAGUCUUUACCGCACUGUGAGAAAGUGCUGAAAAAUCGUGCUUCGGAAAUAAUAUUCAUUGUGCGACCGAUCGACAAAAAGAAAAUAUUAUUCUACAACGAUCGUACUGCAAAUUUUAUGGUGGAUGAUGAAUUCCAAAAGUUGUGGCGCUCAGCGACCGUAGAUGCCAUGGAUGACGCGAAAAUUGAUGAAUAUCUGGAAAAACAAGGUAUACGUUCAAUGCAAGAUCAUGGACCAAAGAAACCGGUGCCAAAACGUAAAAAGGCUGCAAAUAAGAAACGCCAGUUUAAGAAACCAAGAGACAAUGAACAUUUGGCUGAUGUUUUGGAAACUUACGAAGACAAUACAUUAACACAAAAGGGAGUUAAUCCCACUUAAAAUAAGAAUUUCGCGCUUAAUUAUUGUGUAAAUGUAAAUGGACUUAUUUGAAUAUACUUUAAUAUAACCGUA